CGUCCCAACUAGGCCUCGAAAGCGAAGCUGAGCAGCAAGCGCGCGCACACGCCUCCAAUCCUCCGUACAGCCAGCUCGACCGAUCCAUCAUCCAUGGCGCCGAGGAGGCCCCCUUCGCCGGCCGGAAGCAGCAGCAGCGGCGGCGGCGGCAGCGCUGAGCGCGCGGCGGCGGAGCAGCAGCCGAGGCUCCGCGGCGUGCGGAAGCGGCCGUGGGGCCGGUACGCGGCGGAGAUCCGCGACCCGGCGCGGAAGGCGCGCGUGUGGCUGGGCACCUUCGACACGCCCGAGGAGGCCGCGCGCGCCUACGACGCCGCCGCGCGGAGGCUCCGCGGGCCGCGCGCCGCCACCAACUACCCCGCCGCCCCCGCGGCGGACGAGCCGUGCCCGCCGUCCUCGUCCGCGGCCGACUCGCUGCCAACGACGGCGGCGCCGGCUCGGUCGCCGUACCUGACUGCGACGGUGCCCGCCGCGCCGGCGCUGCGGCAGUUCCUGCCGCUGAAGGGCGAGGAAGAGCGGAGCCGCUGCUUCCCCGGGUCGUCGGUGGGCCUGGGGCUGGACCUCAACCUGCCCCCGCCGGCCGAGAUGGUGAUGUAGUAACGGAAAUGGAAUCAGCCAAGCUGAUUAUUGGGUAGCUCAUGCUCAGCUGAAACGAAAUGUAAAUAGGCAGCUAGCUCCUAGUUCGUGUUUCGUCUGUGUGGUUAACCAGCUAGGUCUCACUUGUUCUGAUCUCUCGCAAAUUCGCAAUGCAAGAACGAGAAAAUUAACUUUUUUUUUACUA